CCAGUACCCACUCCAUAUAAACAAAUCAAAAGGUCAACUACUUGAUCAUAUAUCUCUUUCCUUUCACUAAAAUCAUUAGUGAAGAAAGAGAGAUGAAGAGGUGUUGGAAGGUCUUUGCGUUGUGGUUGUGGUUGUGGUUGGUGCAAGUAAAUAGUGAAGAUUCAUGCACCUCCAAUCUUAACCUAAAAAACAAACCUCUGUUUGAUACUUCUUCUUUUCAUUGUGUUUCAGUAUGGGAUGCACAAGGCUAUAUCCUCAGAUAUCUGCAGACGGAUAGAAAAGUGUGGAGUUUCCUUUUAUCAGCACCGAAUUCCAAUUCAUUCAUAGGGAUGGGUUUUUCAAGAGAUGGGAAAAUGGUGGGUUCCAGUGCAAUCGUUGGAUGGGUGAGCAACGAUGGAUCUUCAACCAUGAAGAGGUAUUUUCUGGGUGGACAAUCACCGGCCGAGGUUGUGCCGGAUCAAGGGAAUCUUGAUCUGAUGAAUAUGACAUCCUCCAUUAUUGCUGAAAACUCAAGGAUUUAUAUGGCUUUCCAAUUGAACACGGAAAUCACACCCACAAAUCGACUAAUUUACUCCCUCGGCCCUAUCGGACGCCUACCUUCUCCUAUCAAUUAUCAAUUGUCACAACAUCGGGCACAUAUCUCCACAUUCUUGGAUUAUAACUCAGGUGAAAGUAAAUCAAAGACCCCUCAUGCAAAUCUUAGGAGAACUCAUGGACUCCUGAACAUGUUCAGCUGGGGUAUUUUGAUACCAAUUGGGGUAAUGGUUGCUAGAUACAUGAGGCAAUAUGAUCCAAUAUGGUUUUAUUCUCACACUACUAUUCAAUCACUUGGCUUUCUCCUUGGAUUUGCCGGUAUUGUAUGUGGUUUUGUUCUUGAAGAUGGUCUUAGCGCUCAUGUUGAUAGACACAAAGCCCUUGGCAUCUUCAUUCUUGUUCUUGCUUGCUUGCAGGUCAUUGCAUUUUUGGUUCGACCAGGGAAGGAAUCAAAAGUAAGAAAAUACUGGAAUUGGUACCAUUACACACUGGGAAGGGUUUUGAUACUUUUGGCAGCAGGAAAUAUAUUCUAUGGAAUCCAUUUAGGAGAUGCAGGGACUUCUUGGAAUGUUGGUUUUGCUGUUACUCUCGUUGCAUUCUUCAGCAUUGCUAGCAUUCUAGAACUAAGGAUGUGGAUGACAAAAUAGAUUAUUUAUUUUGCUUUCUAUUCUUGUCUUCAUAUUUCUUCAACAAAUUAAACAUAUAUUUAUAUGUAUGUAUUCUUUUACGUUUCAACCAAACAAGUGUUUCUAAUUGCUGGUAACAGAUUUUUUCAACAAAAAGAAGAGAUUUUAUUUAUUAA